GAGGGCAACGACGCGGGCGGCGCCGCCGGCGGGCCGCUGCUGCUGUGCCUGGCUUGCGGCAGCCCCGCGCUGAGAGCCUGCGACGUCGUAUCCACGAGCUACCGCAUCAUGUCCAGCCCCGCGUACCUCGCCGACCAGGCUUGGAACGUGCGCCUGGCCGCGGACAGCCACGACGCUGCCUACUCGAGCGGAGUGUACACGGUCCGUGACGUCACGUGCGCCGACUGCUCCGCCAGGCUGGGCAUCACAUACGUCAGCGCCGGCGUGGCGGAGAACGAUUUCAAGGUCGGGAAGUUCCUGCUGAGCCAGGACCAGCUGGCCCUCGUCGGCGGCGUGGCCGCCGGCCCGCAGCCGCCCUCCACCGCCGCCGUGCUCCACGCCGAGCUGCUGGAGCUCGCCCUCCACGGCGCCCCGUCGCUCAGCCGCGCCGCGCGCCGAGGCGCCGCCCGGGCCCCGCUGCCAGGCGCCGACGCGGGAGGCCUCGGCGGCGGCCGCGGGCGGCGCGGCGGAGACGUCCGGGGGGCGACGCCCGGGCGGCGCGCGGCGCUGGCGGCCGCGCGGCGAUUCGCGCGUUGCCUCUGGCUCGCGGGCUGA